AUGCGGGGAUUGCGGCAGGCGCUCCCGCUCUUGGGAAUCGAUAGCGGCGCGCGCUUGCGGCCAGGAGAUUCAGGUGCUUCAGGUAGUUCAGGUGGUUUUUCAGGUGGCAAAACAGAGGAGCACGUGUGCUGGACGUCAUCUGGAGACUACGAGACGCCAUCAGGCGUGGUGAUUCACGGUCGUGACUGCUCUGCCUGCCUGCGCGGGCAGCGCUGCUCCUUCCUCGUCUCCAUCAAUCCGCCCACCCGCCCACUGGAUGCCUUCCCUCCCUCUCCCUUAUCCCUCCCUCCAAACCCCCCCUUAAGCACAGACUACGAGACACCAUCAGCGGUGAUUAUUCACGGUGUGGUGAUUCACGGCCCAGGCUGCUCUGCCUGCCUGCGCGGGCAGCGCUGCUCCUUCCUCGUCUCCAUCCGCGCGCCCGCGCACUGGAUAGCGCCGGAGCAAGCAGACAAGGGCAGCAAGCACACGUGGUGGCAGCGGGAUCUCUCUCUGCUCCUCCGCGGCCCAGCGCUCGCCCACGGGGACGUGCGGUGCCUCGACCCCCCGCACUGCUUGGAACUAUCAGUUGCAUACCGCGUGUGGGACAUCGGGGAGUAUUGGGCAACUCUGAACGUCGGUUGUGCCAAUCUCAACUUCUCAGCAGCUUCCUUGCACCAUCUGCACUCCACGCAGCAAAACACCCUCACUUCCUGGCCAAUAACAAUCCACCCUCGCUUCCGACCUAACUCCCCGAGCCUAGCUGCCAAGCCUGACCUAGCUGGCGGCCCGAGCCUACCUGCCGAACCUCCGCACCAAGCCUCUGGUGCUCCAAACCUGGGCCCCACGCUCGGCAGCUCGCCUCUCCGAACCUCGCUGUUGGAGUCGCCACCUGCAGAGGGCGGCUUGCCCCGGGCCUUGGAAGUGGGGAGGAAGCUUCCUGAGAGCCCCUGUGCUGCUGCGUCGGUGCCAGGAAGAUGGGUGAAGGAGGAGGGAGGAGAGGGUUACAGUUGGUCAUUCUUCCCCUGCUCGCCUAAGGAGCUCCCGCCCUCUCAGUGGAUCUCAGCCCUCGAUCGCCGCGGCAUCCGGGAGAUCUCGAUUGUCGGCGAUUCGCAUCAACGGUUCCUGACAGCCCACCUGUUUUUCCUGCUCACGGGGCAAGACAUGACUGAGAUGGAGAAAGGGCGUACUGUUAACGAGAGUCGGGUGUACAUCGCAAGAGAUGAGAUUAAUAGAACUCUGAAGAUCAACUUUUACUGGAUUGCUGGAGUCUACGAGGACUGGGAGUAUGGUUGCAGCCACCCACGCGCUCUCAACCGCACAGGACCGUUCCCGACCAUUUCACCCACCGCUGAUGUCACACUCUUCGAAGCUGGUUAUUGGGCGGCCGUCUUUUGCCGAGAACCUCUUAAAGCCCUGCGCACCCACCUGCAAAAAUUCCUCCGGGGGAUUGGUGUAACAGUUGGCAUCCCGGGCCGAGUUCGAACCGAGCCGGCAUGGCGAUUAACGCUUUAA